GGAGUACAAAAAACAUUCAAGUAAUUCUUGGAGCUCACUCACUUUCAAAAGGAGGGGAGGAACAACAAAUAUUUACCGUAAAAAGGAUGAUCCCACAUAAUUUGUACAACUCAAAAUUGAUCACAAAUGAUAUCAUGCUUCUUCAGCUCGAAGGCACAGCGACUCUGAACAGGUUUGUGAACGUCCUAAGCCUGCCCUGUGGAGAGGAUGUCACAGAUGGAGUCAUUUGUAAUGUUGCAGGUUGGGGGCAAACCAGAAUUGAAGAGGAUUCAGACAAAUUGCAGCAAGUGAAUGUGACCAUCAUAGACAGGAAAUUGUGUUCUCAAUAUUAUACCUACCACCCUGUAAUAUCAGCUGAUGUGCUUUGUGCUGGUGACAAAAAAAUAGCAAAAGAUUCUUGCACAGGAGACUCAGGAGGUCCAUUACUAUGCAAUGGAAAAUACAAUGGAAUUGUUUCUUUUGGAAAACCCAAAAAGCCUGGUGUUUACACACGACUUUCAAAGAAAUAUCUUCACUGGAUUAAGAACACAAUUCAAAACUGAAACUUUCAUGAUGGUUUAAGUUUUGCUUGACAUAUUAUUUGUCCCGUAUUAAUUGUCGUAGCUCAAAUAAUACAAUAUAGAAAUGAGUUAGACCCAGAUAAUAGAUAAAUGUUUGCCAAAAAGCUAUUUCCUACUCAAUAAUUACAUUUUUAAAAAGUUUUUGUACAACAUUUCUUAAUUGGGGCAGAAAAGUUUGAAGGAUGUCCUGUCAAGAUGAUGAAGGGUUUUGAUAAAAUAAGUAUUGUUAGCUUGCUUCCAUUCAUCAGUAGGGUGAUAAUGACAAACCACAAACUUAAGAUGACCAUAGAAAGAAUAUAAGAGAUUAAGAUUAAUACCUUCACACAGAUAAGUCCUGAGUACCAUCCAAAUUGCACUCAUCUGACCCCACAGAGUUUGCACCUAAUUUAGUUGGAAUCUUUACAAGUGUGUCUCAGGCACACAUCUGCUCCCUGCAGCCAAAAAAACAUGGCACCAAGGUCACUUCCCUGACCUGGACAACUCUUUUCCCUCUUCACUGGGCUCCACUUACACACAAGGGAAUCCAUUGUGCCUCAAUUCUUCCAGCAUGUUGCCAUCCAGUAAUCCAGCAGACUAAUGAGUCAAGGAAGCAGAAAUUCUUAGUGUAAGAAAAUCCCACCCCAACUCUGUCCCCUUGGCAUUAUAGAUCUUAAAAGUGGCAGACAGGUUUCAUCUUUUUCAGUCAACCACAAGAUCCCGGAAUUGGCAGGGACUGUGUGUGACUACGUUUCUGCCUUUUACCAAUGAGUUUUGCAAUGGGAAUCCAGCAGACCUCUUAAGCAAAUACAGGGCCAUUGCUUUUAGAAUUCUCUGCCGCAAACAGUUUUGAUGCAGGAUUGACCCUGUUUA